AUGUGGAGACAUGUCGAGAGAUCAGGGCUACCUCGACCAGCUCGACUAUGUCGGCCGACAUCACUCGUUUCUCGCCGUCUCUCAGUUCGUCAGGCUCGAACAGAUAAUGAGCAUGGAGGUUCAGUCAAGUGCUUGAGAAGGAGGAUACAUAUCUCACAACAUAGUCACUUAGGGAUAGUGCAACACUUCUCGUCGACUUCGCAGGCCGCAACUAGUAGCAGCACGGCUGCGGCUCAGUCCGUCAAAGGCAAAGAGCCCGAGCGGAGGAAAGAGCCUCGCAAGAAUGUUGUCGGUGUUCAGCUACUGUCACCAAGUCUCCACGCUCAGCUAUUCCCAGAAGGUUCAUCAAAAGCGCCUUUAGAUCACCUCGUCAAACUCUCUAAAAAGCACCUCAGAGAACACGGUCUGGAGCCCGGAGAAUCCGCUACGAUCAACGAGAUCAAUUUCGAGCUCCCUGCUCUCCAAGGAUCAAACAUCAGACAACAUUUCUACAACAUUGGAUCUCAAAUCGCAGGACCAUACUUGCGCCUCGCCGAGGAAUUCUCAACUGCCACUUUGCCUCCCCAACCCGAGUGGUUCGUGACGGAUCAACCCGGUUGGAUCCGAUAUGAUCAAGAUGGAAGUUUUAUGCCUGUGGAUGAUCUCAGUGAUGAGACAUUCGUAUCGUUCGACGUGGAGGUCCUGUACAAACUGUCCCCUUAUCCCGUCAUGGCUUGUGCGGCGAGUUCGACGCAUUGGUAUUCGUGGCUAUCUCCUACCAUCUUUGAAGAUCCACCAGCGGAGCCUAUACCACCCCGUCCAAAAUGGGACAAGUCGCUCAAAAUGGAACAUCCACACGAUCUUAUACCGCUUUUCGAUGGCUCCAAGCCCCGGAUCGCAGUUGGACAUAAUGUCGGAUACGACAGAGCUCGAGUGGCGGAAGAGUAUUCAUUGGCCGGCACAAAGACACGUUGGAUGGAUACUCUGUCCCUUCACGCUGCGUCGCGGGGCAUCUCUUCCAAUCAGGCCCCGGCAUGGCACUCGUAUCGGAAACAAAAGCAGAACGACGAGAUAGUCAUGGAUGCCAUCCUUGAAACUGAAGAUCAGGAACUCAUCAGUCGAUUGACUCAAAGCGAUGACGAUGGGGGGUCUCAGACCCGUUGGGAAGAUAUAACGGCGAUCAACUCGCUUUCAGAAGUUGCCGCUCUGCAUUGCGGCUACGCUGUAGACAAGUCUGUCCGAGAGCGGUUCGGCGACGAAAGCAUCACUCACGCUUCUCAACUACGAGACGAGCUUCAGGAUCUCCUGCAGUACAACGCGGACGACGUCAAGAUAACCCAUGACGUUUACACAAAAGUCUUUCCUCUAUUUCGGGAAUCAUGUCCUCAUCCCGCUUCGUUUGCUGGCAUCCUUCCCAUGGGAACAUCAUUCUUACCUGUUGAUCAGAGUUGGCAGACCUACUUGAAAAAUGCAGAGGAAUUGUAUAGGAAGAUGGAGGAGAGCGUCAAGUCGGGGUUGAAACUUUUGGCGGAGAGAGUCAGAGAAAAAGGACCUCAGGAUGAUGACCCGUGGUUAUCUCAGCUGGAUUGGUCACCGAAGAAGGCGAGAUGGGCAACAGACGGAGCCAUAACAGCAACGGAUGACGCCUCAUCCGCUUCAUCGAAGGCGUCCUCCAUUCCCGCAGAAGGAAGCAGCACUUUUGAUGUCCCCCAUGGUACACCCAGUUACCUCGCCGCGAUGCUCUCAGAUCCAGCCACGUACCUCUCAUCACGCACUGCCGCUCGAGCACUCCCUCUCCUUCUCCACGUGACGUAUAAAGGUCAUCCAGUCGCCUGGACAUCAAAAGGCAUGUGGUCUUUUCGAGUCCCCAAAGCCGAGGCCGAUCAGUAUCCAGAACAUGAAGAGGUGGAUCUUGUCGAUUCUGACGAGGCUUUGUUCCCCUUCCUGCGGGAUUACAGUUUCCUGCGGGUUGCCCGAGCAGGCAAGAGCAGGGUGUCAAAAAUCCUCGCCAAAACGUUCGUCAAAUCUGAUGGCGAUCAGCUCGACAGUGAUCAUCCAGAGCUGAUGAAGCGCGUUAUUGAAGGCUCGGCAACGACUGACGAAAUAAUGAAAAUUGCCCAAGAUAUGAAAUCGACCGGUGAUGACGAUGUGUGGGCUGCUCAGCUGGACUGGUCCGACGCUAGCCACCCGUCUGCGAACUCCGGCAAAACCCGGAAACCCAGAGUGGAUUACGGGACUUGGCCGAAAUGGUACUGGGAAUUAACAUCUCCACAUUCUACAGAGCUGGACCUCACCCAGAAAAAGGCUGUCACGCCACUCCUUCUCCGCUUGCAAUGGCAGGGCUACCCAUUGGUCCGACAUCCAGAGUUUAAGUGGCUGUUCCGAGUGCCAAGGAGCGAUCUGAAGCCUGACGUGACUAUCGGUGUACCUAUCGACCCUAAUGACAGUGUCAAAAUCACACCAGAGACGCUUUUCGACGAUAUCACCUAUGCGUACUUUCGCUUGCCGCACAGAGACGGCGAAACGAAGAACGUGGGUUCGCCAUUCGCCAAAGCAUUUGUCAAUGCCAUCGAGUCAAAAGAGCUGGCUCCUGCUGUCGAUGCGAGCGAUUCGACUGAUGAAAUGGCAAGAAUUGCUGCAGACGCCAUGAACUUGAAUGUCUUGUGUAGUUACUGGAUCAGUUCAAGGGAACGAAUCAUGGAUCAAAUGGUCGUUUACCAGAACGAGAAUCAAGGUGUGAUCUUACCACAGUGUCUGGUCAUGGGAACCGUCACUCGUCGUGCCGUCGAGGCCACCUGGCUUACUGCCUCCAACGCAAAGGCCAAGAGGGUCGGUAGUGAGCUCAAGGCGAUGGUCAAGAGUCCGCCAGGAUACGCCAUCGUUGGAGCCGAUGUGGAUAGCGAAGAAUUAUGGUUGAGUUCAGUCAUGGGCGAUGCUCAAUUCGGUUUCCACGGAGCCACUGCGAUCGGGUAUAUGACUCUGGAGGGCUCUAAAUCAAAGGGAACAGAUUUGCAUUCCAAGACUGCAAGUAUCAUUGGAACGUCCCGAGAUGCGGCCAAGGUCUUCAACUACUCGCGUAUCUAUGGUGCGGGACAGAAACACGCUGUCCAGUUAUUACGACAGGGUGACGCCACGUUGACUAAGGAGGAAGCAAUGGAAAAGGCUGUCAAGCUAUACGAGGCCACCAAGGGCCACAAAUCUCGACGAGGCUCGUCCAAGCCUCCAGCGGCGUUCGCUUCGAUCUGGCACGGCGGCUCUGAGAGUUUCUUGUUCAAUCUCAUCGAAACGAUUGCAGGUUCUGAAAGUCCUCGAACGCCAGCGCUUGGUUGCGGAGUCACUAGCGCUCUUCGCAAGGGCUACUUGGAGGAUGGGUCUGCCUACUUGCCAUCGCGAACGAAUUGGGUCGUCCAGUCAUCCGGCGUGGAUUACCUCCAUCUUCUCAUCACGUCUAUGGAAUAUCUGAUCAACAGAUACAACAUCAAGGCGAGAUACCUGAUCUCGGUCCACGAUGAAGUCCGCUAUCUUUCAAAGGAGGAAGACAGAUAUCGUACUGCCCUGGCACUGCAGAUUGCCAACGCCUGGACUCGAGCAUUGUUCUGCUACAGCAUAGGCAUGGAUGAUUGCCCCCAAAGUGUCGCAUUCUUCUCUGCCGUUGACCUCGACCACGUUCUCCGCAAAGAAGUCUUCUUACCCUGUCAAACACCCAGUCAUCCAGAGGCUAUCCCUCCUGGCGAGUCAUUAGAUAUGGAACAGCUACUGGCAAAGACGAACAAUGGUGAUCUUGGACCUGUCCAAUCGAUCGAAGCAUUCACUGAGGAUAAGAAGGACGAUUCGUCCAUUCUGUCACUGUUUUCCAACCUCGACUCGCAUCCUCAUUUCCUUUUCCUCCGAGCACAAGCAGAUCGAUCUCCCAUACUGGCUCAGCGAUGGCUUGAUCAACAACCACCUCUCCUAGAUACGCUUGGUCGACCCCUUCCCAAAGAGAGGAAGAAGCGGAAAGAGAUCAUCAAGGCGAGUGUACAGGAAAACCCUGGACAUUUCCAACGACAGCGAGAGGCAGCUUUCCAAUUUUCUCCAGAGGAGAUAGACGAGAUAACAAAGCUGCACCCAAUGGAUGGGUCCAUUUGA